AUGCUCCUUUUUAUAAAUGAAGCUAGUAUUUUUCAAAAGUGGAGAUGUGUUAAAAAUCAAUUUAAAGGACAACUUGGAUGCAAAAAAACCUUUACCUGUGAAGAACUAGACCUAUUAAAACGUAUCAUUAAGAAAAAAGUAGAUUUGUAUCUUGAUGAACUUGCAGUUGAGAUGGAAAACUAUACACAAAA